AUGGCCGACGACGGUGUUGCCGAAAGUUACCAGGUCCUGGAGGAGCUUGGCCGUGGAAGCUUCGGUGUUGUGUACAAGGGCAUUGACAAGGCCACGGGCGAAACCGUCGCCAUCAAACACAUUGACCUCGAAACGAGCGACGAUGACAUCCAAGAAAUCCAAGGCGAGAUCUCCGUGCUCAGCACCUGCUCGAGCUCGUUCGUUACGCAAUACAAGGGAUGCUUCCUCCGCGGUCACAAGCUUUGGAUCAUCAUGGAAUAUUUAGGUGGCGGUUCUUGUCUAGACCUGUUGAAACCCGGAAACUUCCCCGAAUCCCACAUCGCCAUCGUCUGCCGAGAACUCCUCCGCGGCCUCGACUACCUGCAUGCAGAAGGCAAGAUUCACCGCGACAUCAAGGCUGCCAAUGUCUUGCUCUCCGACACGGGCAAGGUCAAGCUGGCCGACUUCGGUGUAGCCGCCCAGCUCACCAACAUCAAGUCUCAGCGCAACACUUUUGUCGGAACCCCCUUCUGGAUGGCCCCCGAGGUCAUCCAGCAAGACGGCUACAGCUUCAAGGCCGACAUCUGGUCUCUGGCCAUCACAGCCAUGGAGAUGGCCAACGGCGAACCUCCCCUUUCACACAUUCACCCCAUGAAAGUCCUUUUCCAUAUCCCCAAGAACGAACCUCCCCGACUACAGGGCAACUUUAGCAAGGAGUUCAAGGACUUCAUCGCUCAGUGCCUCGUCAAAGACCCCGAGCGCCGACCCACCGCCAAGGAGCUCCUUCGCCACCGCUUCAUCCGAUCCGCCGGCAAGGUCGAAGCCCUCCAGGAGCUCAUCGCUCGCAGGCAAUCAUGGGACGCCAACCAGACCCGAAAGUUGCACCCCGUCUUCUAUCAGGAGACCCUGCAGAACAUUUCGCCCAAGGAUGAAGCCGACGAGUGGACCUUCGAUACCGUCAAGUCCGUGGCCCCCAAACGCCCCACCAUCAUCCGCUCUCGCAAGCCGUCAUCGAUUUUCGCUGCCGAAGAUGCUAUGCGCAGGCUGGAGCUCGAGAACGAUCCCCUGCGACCUUCUACGCCAGUGGGAACUGUUCGUAGGUCCACGGUGAGGCGCCAGCCAUCCAUCAUGACCGCCAACGAGUCAUACAACAGUUCGGCUGGUAACACUGGCUCUCUUCGCCGCAAGCCGUCGGCGGCCUACGCGCAAAGCCAAACCGGUUCCGUCAGACGUGUCGCCUCGUCGGCCCAGAGAACCCCCGGUAACCCCUCGCCGCGGAUCGCAGUGGCUAAGCGCCCCCUGCAGCCUGACAUGUCGUUCGGCAACUCUGGCUCGACCAUGCGGCUCUUCCGCCGAGUACCUUCUGACGGUUCGACGUCUGGCCAGGUCGGCGAUUCGUCCGACGGUGCAGUUUUCAAUGAAAACCACCCCCCUCAUCACCCAGCCCCCGUCGAGGCUUCUAGCAAGGAAGCACUACUUGGUCGCCGCCUUUUCGCCAAGGCCGUCGACCCCACUCUGUCCGAGCUGCACGCCCAGACAUCAGCCAUGGCUAAGCGCGAGGCCUUGGCCAAGCUCUCCGACGCAUUUUCUCUCCUCGACACCGUCGACCCCGAGGGAGCUUACCACCUCCUCCAGAACCUAGUCACCGCCGUGUCCCAGGACAACAAGCUCAACGCCGCGUUCCUCAGCCAGGCGGCCAUGAAGGGCGCUUCGGCGAAUACACCCCAGGGCACCGUUAUCAUUAAGAGCGCGUCGACGCCUGCCCCGCCCAACAGCCCCACGAAGCUGGUCCUGAGCCAGGCCAAUCCCCAUCUGAGGAGCCACCGCCGUCGACAGACCGAGAUCACCCACGACUUCGUCGACAGGGACGAGAAGGCCGCUCUUGAGGCCAAGUAUCCCGGCAACGAGCCCCAACCUGGCAUGGAGCAUUGCAGACAGCUUUCUGAUGUUCUUUAUGGACGUUGGCUUGAGGGUCUGCGUCUCCGCUGGCCUGCGGUUUAA